GUCAAAGGGAUCUAGAGUCUACUGGGGUGGGGGAUUGUUAUAUAUUGCGCUUUUAUUAUAUUCAACAGAUCAAUUCAAUAUAAAUAGUCAAUUUUACUGUUCAAUCAUAAUCGCCCAACGUUUAUAUUGAGCGAUACAUUGUGUGAGUUUCUCGGAUCAAAAAAGAAUAUCAAAAUGGUCAACGUUUCUAUGCGUACUGUGCUUGUUGUAGCAUCUGUAGUUUUACUUGCAUACUCAAUUCAAGGUUUACCAGUAAAUGAUGAUGCUAAUCUAAUGACAGAACAGACAUUUAACACAACCACACCAGCUCCUGGAGGCAUUAAAGGGUGGAUUAAAGGAAUUAAAAACAAAAUUCAUGAACAUAGUAAAAAUUGCCGUCACGGGGGUGUUAUUGGAUGGUUUAAAAAUAAAUUAGGUAUUAAAGGUACAACAGCCAUACCACCAUAUGAUUCAUCCACAGUGUAUAAUAACCAACCAGGCUAUCAACCAGGAACAGGUUUGCAACCUAAUUCAAAUCAACCAGAAUCAGGUUUUCAACCUGAAAUGGGCUAUCUACCUAAUUCUAACCAACCUGAAACAGGUUAUCUACCUAAUUCUAACCAACCUGACACAGGUUAUCUACCUAAUUCUAACCAGCCUGACACAGGUUAUCUACCUGAUUCCAAUCAACCGGAUUCAGGAAUUUAUCAACCAGACAUAAAUAACCCAACUCAAUUUGAAAACGGAAAUAGUUCACCAGAUGUCAUUAAUAAUGAAAACACAGACGACUUUGAUUUAGAAAGACCAGUGAGCGAAAACGUAAAUGAAUUUCCAGACUAUAACCCCUCAACGCCAUCUCCAAAUUUGGGUAAUGGCGGAGAAGGUAUAAUAGAAGAGAGAUUCGGCAAAAUUAAAUGAACUUGAACCAAAGAAAAUUAUUUUUUUAAAAAGUGAUAACUAAAGUUCCAUAUUUGUUUAUUUUUUAUUGACUUGUAAUUAUUGACCUAUGAUGUAUACAAUAUUUCUAUUGAUUGUGUACUAGNU